CCAACUUACUCCAUUCCCCCAACAAACACCACUUGUCAUUUCUCAUGGCUUCCUCAUUCUAUUCCAUUUUCCUCUUCUCUCUUCUAUUGAUCUCCUCGGCGUUAGCUAAGAACUCUUUCCGUCCCAAAGCGCUAAUUCUUCGAGUGCAAAAAGACCCCUCUACCCUCCAAUAUGUCACCCAUCUCAACCAGAGAACUCCUUUAGUCCCUGUGAGUUUAAUACUAGACCUUGGUGGUCAAUUCUUAUGGGUAGACUGUGACCAAAGUUAUUCCUCCUCCUACUACCCCGCUCGAUGUCGUUCUGCCCAAUGCUCACUUUCUGGCUCUACUGCAUGCACCACAGAGUGCUACUCAUCCCCUAAACCAGGAUGCUACAACAACACAUGCAGUCUCUUACCCGAUAACACCGCCACCCGCACAUCCUCAGACGGUGAGCUUGGCUCUGAUAUCGUCACCGUUGAAUCCACUGACGGGAACGACCCCGGGAAGGUUGUCUCUGUGCCUCACUUUCUUUUUGUUUGUGGGUCCACAUUUCUCUUGGAAGGCCUUGCUAGUGGUGUUAAGGGCAUGGCUGGCCUUGGAAGGACUAAAAUUUCACUCCCUUCUCAAUUCUCUGCUGCUUUCAGCUUCCACAAAAAGUUCGCUAUUUGUUUGAGCUCUUCAAAUAAUGGUGUCACGAUCUUCGGUGAUGGACCGUAUGUGUUCCUUCCUGGUAUUGAUGCCUCAGACUCUCUCAGUUAUACCCCUCUCAUCCUCAACCCUGUGAGCACUGCCUCGGCUUAUUCUGUUGGUGAUGCUUCUUCGGAUUACUUCAUCGGAGUACAAUCCAUCAAGAUCAACGAAAAAACAGUACCCAUAAACACAAGUUUACUAACCAUAGACAGUGAAGGCAAUGGUGGAACCAAGAUCAGCACUGUCAAUCCCUACACAAUCUUGGAGACUUCAAUCUACAAAGCUGUCACUAAGUUCUUCAUCAAAGAGCUCUCUGGUGUUCCAAGAGUGGCAUCGGUGGCACCUUUCAAGGCGUGUUUCAACUCCAACAAUAUCUCAAGCACACGGGUUGGGCCGGCCGUGCCUUCCAUUGAUCUUUUGUUGCAGAGUGAGAGUGUUUUCUGGAGGAUCUUUGGUACAAACUCAAUGGUGCAGGUGAGUGAUGAUGUUUUGUGUCUAGGGUUUGUGGAUGGUGGUGCAAAACCUAGGACUUCUAUUGUGAUUGGAGGGUACCAAGUUGAAGACAACCUUCUGCAGUUUGAUCUUGCAGCAUCAAAGCUAGGGUUCAGCUCAUCACUGUUGUUUAGGCAAACAAAUUGUGCCAACUUCAACUUCACAUCCAAUGCUUAGAGAGACGGAGAGUGCGCGUGCGUGAGUUUGAAUUUCAAUAAUGUUAGCAUACAAUAUCACAUUUUAAAAAUGUCAAAGUAUAUAGAAUUAGAACACGAAAAUAACAUAAAAGAUAUAUUUUGUAGUUGAAAUUUAUUUUAAGUGUUGUCUACAUCACACUAAAGAUGAAUUUCAGUCACAUAAUAUAUUUUCUAUAUAUUUCGUGUUUUAAUUUUAUUUUUGAAUAUUGUUGCUUUUUAAAUAAAUGGCCAUGUGAUUGCUUGUGUGGCCUCACAUAUGUAUUCGUUUUUUAAUGCAACUUUUGUCAUAAAAUUUGCUGCAUUUUAGUGUU